CUUUCCUCUCCCCCGGGAUAAAUAUGUAAAUCCUAUCUUAUCCUAGAAUUAAUGUUUAAAUAUAAUUAUGGUUGAAAUGAUAACGUGAUAACUAUAACACAUUUGUGGCAGCCAUUAAACUGCUCAUGACUUCUUGAUCAUUAGUAUGAUGAAGUUCCGCGAGAUAUUACUGCCUGUGAUCCUACUACUUGCAUCUCUGUCAAAUGGAUGUGUUCUCAAUUACCACACGUCAUGCGGCUGCAGGAACAAGUCACGACAGUCCAAGAUACAAGGCAAGAAAAUGGACUGUCACAGAAUCAAUAUUGCUGACAUGUUUGCGAAUGCGGAAUUUCCAGACGACAUUGUCUUACUUUCCAUAGAUCUUACUGAUAAUGAUUUGAAAGAAAUAAAUAAAGAUAUUUUUGGAGAAAAACCUCACACACUUGAAAUAUUAAAACAAGUUAUAAAGUUGGAUAUGUCAAACAAUAAAAUUUCAAGAAUAUCUCCAAAAUCGUUUUCAAUUUUUACAAAUUUGACACGACUGAAUUUGAGUUCAAACAGCAUUGGACAUUUAUCCGCCGAUAUGUUUGAGGGUUUACCAAGUCUGGAAGUUCUGGACCUUUCCUUAAACAUAUUUCCCAUAAUUCCUGGAGAUUCAUUUUCGAAUCUUCCAAAAUUAAGAAAAUUGUAUGUGAAAUCUACUGAUUUUGUUUGCAACUGCCUUAUGCAUGAUUUCAAAAUCUGGAUCGAUACGAAAGACCCUCCAGUAAGAGUAUAUGGAACUUGUCACUUACCCCUAAGUUUGAGGGGACGUUCGCUUCGUAGCUUGACUCCGGAUGAUUUUGUAUGUGAUGCAAAUAAUACAUUAUCAAGUCUGCCCUAUUUUGAAAUAACACCGGAUUCCCAUCAAUUAGUUUUUGAAGGUGAUGAAUUCUUUAUGCAAUGUGAAGGUACAAAUUUGCCAACGUCUGAAAUAACUUGGAGUUUCAAUAGAAUAUCUAUUAAUCUGAGUGACGAAAACCUGAUUGUAAAAAAUGCAGCCAUCAGCAAGUAUGAACCAAUUAUUACGGGAUUCUUACAGAUAAAAAAUCUCUCUAAGAAUCACAGUGGAAAUUGGAGUUGUAUGGUUUCAUCAGAACAUGGAAGUGAAAAUAGAGUUAUCAGAAUUAUAGUCAUAAGUCAUAAUUCUAGUUACUGCCCUAGAAGGGAAGUUGAAAAUAACAGAGGUGACUUUACGUGGAACUCAACGGUAUCUGGCAUAACAAAGUCCAUCAAAUGCCCAUUAUCACGAAGUAUGCCUGGUGAAAUGCAUAUUAACAAGGCAUAUCGAAGCUGUUCCAGUGGGAAUUGGUCAUUGGGGCAUUAUGACCACUGCCCUUACAAAAGCAAGGCAACUAGAUUGAUACACAAUUCUUUAAAAGAUAUUACAUCACGUAAUGCAGAAUCUUUAGUUCAGGAGUUGAUAAGGAAUCUUGGCUUGCUUCAAGUUCCCACACCCAUCACAGAAUCUCUCACUGUCCAGUUAAUCAGUCAGCUAAUGGAAAGAUUGAUGGAUGUUAUGGUUCAUGGCAACAGGCAUGAUUUGGGCGAUGAAAUAUUGGGAUUAGCAAGCUAUGCUAUGAAUGCCAAUGCAUCUCUUUUAAGAGAGGCACAAAAAGCUUCUGGAGCGUGCGAUAAAAUUUUGAAAGUUGUAAGAAGCUAUGCACUGAAAGGAACAUCUUCUGCAGAGUUCAGCGAUGCUUCUGAAAAUAUCGCAGUGAGUGGAUUUAUGAUGGAGAGUAAGUCACAAUAUAAUAAAGAAGGUAAUGGAUUGACAUGUAAGGUUUCAAGCGGUAUUAAAAACUUCAAAUUUGAAUGUAAGACAUCUCAAUUUAAACGCCAAGAAAUGCAAUCUUCUGUGUCUUUGCCAAAAUCCCUUCUUAAUUCAUGUGGAGAAAGUCCAACUGGCCAAUAUAAGCUUUACUUCAUUGCCUAUAGAAAUGGGAGCCUAUUUCAACAAAAAUUUCUGGAUAGUAUAGACAGCUUAUCGAACACAACCUUUGGAAAUUCAAACUCAAUAACACAGAAUAUUGUUCUGGAAACUGGAGUUAGUGGUUGCAAUGUUUCUAAUCUCUCUGACCCAAUUAGUUUCAAAUUUAAAACUACUCACACAGGAUCUCAUGGUCCCGCAGUUUGGUCUCGAGAUCGUGGUUGGGUAAAAGACGAGAGUUGUAUAGCUUCGCCACAACGUUUCAACAGGAACUACACCUAUGUUAGAUGCAAGAAAUUGUCUGUUGUAACGAUAUUAUAUGAUCCAUCUUCUGUCGCUGAUUCUUCCAACCCAUGGUCAUUGGCAAAUCUGGCACAUCCAGCAGUAUUUGCAGGCACAGGAAUUCUCAAUGCAUGCCUCAUUGUAAUUAUAAUGAGUUACAUUUGCUGUUCAAGUAAACUGAAAAUAUCGUCAGACUCUAGACAUAUGCUUGUUAACAUAUGUGGACAUAUGUUACUUGUCUCUUGUGCUUUUGCUCUCGGGAUUUGGCGGGUAGAUUACAAAGCUAUGUGCUUGGCAUGUGGAAUCGUUCUACACUAUGCAUCAUUGUCAAUUUUGUUAUGGAUUACAAUAAGUGCAAAAAAUAUUCACAAAGAAUUGGUUAUUCAUAGUAGACCACCUUCUGCUGAACCAAAACCACCCAGACCAAUGCUAAGGUUUUAUCUUAUUGGAUGUGGGAUUCCAACAGUGAUUUGUGGAAUCACAGCUGCUGCCAAAGUUCAAAAUUAUAGCGGUGAUAUUGGGAAGCACAGGGAGUAUUGUUGGUUGUCAUGGGAAACCAGUAUUUUUGCCUUUUACUUGCCUGCUUUUUUGAUAGCAGUGGUUUGUGUUAUUUUGUUGAUAAGAGUAUUGUGUGCCCUCAAUCAACACUCCAGACAAGAUGACAGUCCCAGUUCCCCACUUGCACGUUCAUCAUGGCAAGGAAAUACAAGAGUGGCAAAUGGUGGAGAUCGGUAUCAAGCGAUAUGCAGUAGGAAUUUAGAUGAAGAUAGUUCGCUUCAUUAUUCCACACAAGUCAACAAUGCAGUAAUCGGUGGUUCGGUGACAUCGCCCAGUUUUCAAGUUUCUCGUUCGAAUGAACAAAGUUUUAAAACUCAGCUUACUGGUGUUGCUUUGCUGUUUGUUUUCUUUAUUAUGACUUGGGUUGCUGCUGCAUUGUCAGUUGCUGCUCCGGGUAUGCAGGAUAAAUUUUCACAUGAAGAUCAAUAUGAAACUGAAUUCAUGGAUUUUGCAAUCUGGCAACAAGGAUCAACUUCAACUUCUGGUGAAGUAUUUUCAUAUGCUUAUGCAGUAAUGGCGAUAAUAAUGGGUGUAUUUUUACUUAUACAGCAUUUAAUUUGUCGAAGAGAUGUCAGGUCAUCAUGGAAUUACAUUUGUUCAUCUUGCAAGCAAGCUAGAAAAGGAUACAAAAGAAAUGCCGAUUUACAAUCGCAAGCUACUUCAGCACCAUUGAAUACAGAAAGUGAUCAUUUUGAUGCAGCAGGUGAACAUGCAGAUGAUUUCCGUUCUUCGGUUCAUGAUAAAACAUCUACGCCAUGUGGAAAUAAGAAAAACCAAAGGGAACAUCAAAUGUACACUGAUAAAACAGAUCCAACUACAAUGGAGACUAUUUUCAACUCUACAACAGUAGAAGAUGAACAAAUAGCUCACAAUGGAAGUGUUAAUUUCAGACAAUUAUCAAGAGAUAAUAGUGCUAUUUCACCCCAUAAUAUGCAAAAUAUGUAUGAAAGUGGCCAUUUACCUUGCGUGGACCACCAGAUUGAGCGUGCUGCCAAAUCCAUUACUUCUAUGCAUAGUGGCUGUGUUAUCAAACACUCUGAUCAUGCUCUAAAUGCUAGUUUCAGAGGUCAUUCACCCAGUCAUGGACAUUUGCACCACCCGUAUUCUCACGAUCAUUGUAUGGCAAUGAAUUCGAGAAGUUACAUGGCAGAUUCACACCAUUACCAUCAUGGGUACCAUAACCACCACACGGGACAUCUUGGUCACACACACCAACAACAUAAUAAACCUGUAAAAAUGACUAAUUUACACAUGACACAUGAUUCUAGCAUGACGGAACAUAGUUUUGAUGAAAUAGCACAUAACAACAUGCACACGAUUCCUGUUGUUAUGCAACAUCACACACAGCCGAAAAUUGACAAUGCUUUGUUCUACAAUAGAUAUCAGAGAAUGAGAAAAGCACUCGAACACAAAAGAGCCAGACAGAAAAAACUCAACGUUCUUCGAGAAUAUGCUCAAGAUCCCCUCACUAGUAAUGAGGAUAUAAGUCAGAAAGAAGGCAAUAUCAAUGAGGCGAGUCCACUAAUACAAUCUCCAGAAAAAUCUGUGAAUUGUAAUGGAGUGGAAAGUACUGGGAAUAAUAUGAAUGGUAUUGAUAACAGUAGCGCAUCAAAAUACAGAACUCUUUUAAUACAUUCACCAUCUAAUAAAAAACAUGACACACAAAAAUCUCACAGCAAACCUAACAGAAGAGUGAAACGAGGAGAAUCAAAUGGUCAACAUCGUCAUCUUAAAGGUUUAGCAGCAGAUAAAAAUGGUCAAGCCACAAAGCGAGCGAAACAAAACAUGAGACGCAGUCACAAUUCUACUCUAUCGGAAAGAGAAAGGGACACAACGUCGAGUGAAAAAAGUAGAAGCCGCGUCGAAGGAAACCUACAUCAAGCAGAAAAUGUCUCUACAAAGAUAGAUGAUUCUUCAUCGAAUUUAACAACAGCUAAUAACAUUGAAAGGUUAUCACCAGUUGUUGAUAGUAGGACUAAUGUUCCAGCAAAAUCAGAAAAUCAUGGGUAUUUAACAUUACAGCAGUUACAAAAUGCUAAUCCUUUUUUACUUUAUGAUAAGACAGAUUCAGACAGACCUAUUGUUACGGAGACUCAAAAUUUAGACAAACUAAAUAUUAACAAAUCUAAUAAUGUAAUAAAUUCAGAGGAAUCGGAAAAAGAUUUGGAUUUAAUAUUAUCAUCCCAUGAUGAUACAAUAGUCGACGAUGACAAUAUUAUUUCAGAAAGUAGUUUUCAAUUGAAAGGAAGUACGAACACUGUCGGGUCACAUUCACUUCCUCUCAGAAAUGAAACGAGUGUAUAAUGCAUAAUUAUUUCAUGCUUUUUUUUUAUUUUAUCCCUCGUACCUGAUUUAUUAUACUACAUUUUUAUUACAUUUUAAACGAGAUGAUUAUGAUUUGAAAUAAGAAUACAAUUACUGUUUUUUUUAAGUAAAAUUUACUGUUUCGUGUUCAAAUCAUGGUUUGUCUCAAUUAAAUUUGGUUUGAUAUUUCACAAAAUAUAUUCAUUUCGAUCUUGGAAGUUGGAAUUCCAUUGUACCCGAAUAUUCAGAUACAGACAUCCUUAGGGUAAAAUUUUUGUAUCUGAGUACUUAGCUGCUAUGAGGAAAGUUUUUGUGGGAUUGGGAUUGGUAGUUGGUACAAAUUACAUGUCUACAGCGUAUUAAUUAUAGCAGUUUAUUUUGCCAAUAUUGUAUAGCUACAUUUAAGUUUUUUUAUUUUGGUUUUCAUAUUAAUUCAUACAUCAUGUUUUCAAACAUUUUUUUUUGACACAUUGCAUUGACAUAACAGUAUUUUUCUUUCGAUGUUUUAAUUUUGAAAUCAAACUGGCUUACCAUGAUAGAUUACACUAGACUUUUGCUUCGUAUAAUUAAUGAGAUAAUUUGAGAGGUUUUCAUUUUUGCGAUGUUCUGUUAGUUUUGUAUCAAUGUUUAGCUAAGUUUCUCUAAAAUACAAAUACAAUAUUUUGUUGCAUUUUCCAAAAAAAAAAUUUUCUAUUGUUUUUGGAUUUUAAAUAUGAAUAGUCAAAAAGUUAGGAUUUUUAUGCUGGCUAUAGUUGCUGUUUUCUGAAAUUGGAAAUAUUUAAAAAGUUUACUCAAUUUUGGGAUUUGAUGCAGAUUAGUUCAAAUACUGCAUGCUGGCUCAUUGUAACGAUAUUGCCAAUUUUUUCAUGUAUAUUCCUUGCUGUUCUAAUAUCCAAUUUAGUAAAAUUAGGGUUACGCCACUGCAUCAGAAAAAUAUUUAGUCUGUUUUUAUCUUUGAAUUUUGCUUCUACUAAAUUCACUGGUGCUCUGUAUGUAGUUCAUGUUUCCUAUAUUUUUUUCAACUUCUCAAUCACCCAGGUUCAAAUUUGUUCUGUGAACUGCGUCAAAUAUGUAGAAACAUUAAUGAACCGUUUUAUAUAUUUGAACUCCCAUUGUUUCAUUUUAUAAUUUUUAUAUUUGAAAUCGCACUAGGUGCUGGACUUGAUAAUUUAUUAUGCUUUUAUGUAAGUACCUCUCCAUGUUACCUUCAAUUUUAUUAAAUAAAAUGCUUUGACUGCCUUGUUUCAUAUAUGCUUGCUCAGUUGUUUAUCAUUUUCUCAUGCACUUUCGAUUG